AUGGCUGCUAGGCAAGAGUCUGACAACCUUGCCUGGGACCGGAGUGAUGAGCUCUGGGAGGAGGCAACAAAACAUGUCCGGCUGUCGUCCACAUGCCGGAAGGUUGAAGCUUUUGCCGAGAGAAUAUUAGGAAAGCCGGCCACUCUAGUCCCACCCCUCAUUAUUGGCGGUUUCAAUGUGCUUUAUCCCAUGCGAGUUGAGGGUCUUUCCACCAACCUCCUCGUCCGCCUGCCCUGUCCCAACCAGAUCAUCGCUCCUACAGAGAAGACUCUCGCAGAAGCCGCGACAGCAUCAUUUAUCCAGCAACAUACUCAACUCCCAGUUCCUAAAGUCUUGCAGCAUGGUGACGACCCUGAAAUUGGACCAUUCAUGAUUAUUCCAGACCUUGGCACCCGACGCGGGAUGAGCGAGGCCUUGGAAGCGCCCCGCGAGGAUCCCAACGAUACACCUGCAUUGGAUCCCAAUAUCUCUGAAGAUAAGCUCAGGCGUCUCUACGGUAAAAUGGCACGCUGCGACGAUUGCAGGAACAAAUAUGUCGCUCGUCAAUUGUUUCUCAGAUUGGCCAGGCAAGGCCGGUUAUCAAAGUUUGGGUUCUCUGACGACGACUGGCCUGUCAACGUUCUUGUUGGUCAAAAUGACGAGGUUCUCGGGGUAAUCGAUUGGGAAUUCGCCUACGCUGCCCCGACUCAGUUUGUUUUGGACUCUCCCUGGUGGUUAUUGCUCGAUGUGCCUGAAAUGUGGGAUGACGGCAUCGAUGACUGGGCAAGGGUCUAUAACAGACGUCUUGAUACUUGGCUUUCUGCCCUGGAAGAGGCCGAACAAGAUACGAGUCCCAACUCCUUACCACUCUCGGCAUACAUGCGAGAGAGCUGGUCGACAGGCCGCUUCUGGCUCAACUAUGCCGCAAGAAAGAGCUGGGCGUUUGACACUAUCUUCUGGAAGUAUCUGGACGAGAGAUUUUUUGGUGAGAGGGAGAAAGAGAUACCCAAGGAAUCACUUUGGAAAACUAGGGUGAGUCUUCUAAGUGAAGAAGAGCGGGCUGCAAUGGAGCCGUUGGUUCAGACUAAGAUGGAGGAGUCACAGAAACGAGUCCUGGUUGAUUGGGAUGCUGAAGAAGCAAGAAAGCAUUUGUCAUCUUUUCUAUUUGAGUAA